AUGGCAUCACCUGAAAUUCAAGACUCGUCUCAGGCUUCCGACAGCGGAGGCGAUACAGUUAUCGCGCAAUAUCUGGUUACCAAAGUGGCAUGGUGGGCGACGUAUCCACGGAUCCUCAUCGUCACUUCCUCGACGCUCAGUACCUACGAUCCCGAAACAUUCCAUUGCACCGACCAGUGGGGUAUCGCUGACAUUGAAGCCGUAGAGCUAUCACAAGCCAAGAACCAGUUCGUGCUUCGAUUCGAGAAGUCCCGCUUUCGCUCGGCCAAGUUGAAAUUUGCCUGCUCUGCUCAAAGCCAUCUGCUGUCCUUGCUAGCUCGUCUACGUCGACAAGCGCAAGGGAAGAUACUCUUGUACCGACUCUUGGGUGCUCGCAGACUUUACUUUCGUUGCAUUGAGCAAUUCGCUGAUGCUUCAAACAAAUCGCUCUUCUUGCAAGUCACGGUCGCCGGUAUCGUCCUUUUGAACGAAAAGGGUCGACGUCUGCAAAGUUUACCAUUCCUGUAUCUUCGAAAAGUAGCAUUCUCAACGGAGGAUGAACAGGGGAUGGUCCUCACCACGGCGUUUCAGAAUCGGAUCUUCCUAUGUGGGGAACGACACGAUUGUUUGAACGAGAUCGUGGCUGCAGCAAAAGAGGCUGGGGUCGUGCUGGACAAGACGUCGAGUGACCUCACGGCCCUGCAGCUUCGUCUGCGCAAUACGCAGGUACUCAAUCGUCCUUCGUUCAUCCGGUUUGACGUGAAGAAAGCGAAGAACACAGAAGGUCGCGGCGACAUCUCUCCAGACGGCGAGGAAAGUGACGGUGCAAAGAAGCGGUACAAGGAGAUUCAACUCAUCUUGCAAGGGGAUGCGGUGGUCGAAUUGCAUCGCUCUAUGCGCAUGGUCAUCGCACGUCCAUACAGUGCGCUAGUAGCCAUUGUGCGCCCAGAUUGGGAUCCACGAAUGCUGGUGCUGGACUUCAAGCAGGAAGAUACACUGGUCCUUGACGUCGAUGGUCGUGAUCAACUUAUCACCUUGCUACUACUGGUGUGCCGCGAAGCAGGUUACCACAACGUCGUUCUCCUGUCUUCUGGUCUCAAUUAUAGCCGAUUUUAUCACCCCCAUGCGGUUGACAACGCAGCACGCAGUGACAGCAACACUGCUGGAACUCUGAUGGAAACGUUUCUGCUCACACGUAUCACGCAAACGGGCUUGGGAGCGGAAGAUAACAAUGGUGGGAGGAGCCGGGUUAGUAGCGUGUGGUCACCUCGAAGGCGCCGUGGAGGAAGUGUGACUCCGCGUGCUUCUCACGGAAACAAUUACACGGCAGACACGGACGAGAAUGGACGUGGCAGUUGGUUUCAGCGGCACAUUCGAAAGGACAGGUGCGUAACCGAUCCCAUCCACGAAACACGCACUUCCAUGGAGUCGAGAGUGUCCAUGAAUGACAGUGUGAGCAUUGUCGUCGCUAUGGAAGAGCUCAAUGCCAAUCUUCUGCUCGAUGAGCUCACCCGAAGCGAGGUGAAGCAAGCUGAAGUGGUGAAUAAAGCCAUGGAGCUCGUUUUUGAGCACCUCGUGACAUUGAUAGCUUCACUACGACGAUACGGGGAAAUUACCAGCUCCGAGCUUCCGACCACUUUACAGGCACUGCUACGUUUAUAUCAUCAUCCAGAUGCCUGCUUCACGAAUGAGAUGAUACCACAAGUAUAUGACGCUGUACACGAGCUUAUCUUGCAGCAAGAUGUUCUCACAUGCUACUGGUGUCUCCGACUGCUACAGUGCUUCCUGGUCGUCCGAACUCCGAAUGUCUCGCCUGACACCGACGCGGCGGGUAACCAGCGUACAAAGAUGGUUCAGCACUUUGUCCACCACAAGACACUCCAGCUCGCCGUUGCGGACCUCAUCCCAGCCUCCUUUGCUGCAUCGAGCUCCACGUCAUUCAUGGCAAACUCGUCUACCAUCGGAGCAGCAUUCUGGACAGCAGAUUCAAAUACUGGGAGUAGCACUCCAUCCAGCUACUCGUCAGCUCACUCCUCAACUUUGUGUACAAAGGAAGCACAAGUACAGAACGAGAUCAAUGUGGUCUUUUACGAGACAUUGCUCACGCUGCACCACCUCGUGGUGCACAUGCGAAGUGCUGCAAAGAAGCAUCGCGCGGUACGCGACCGGCAAAAUCACGAUAAAGCACAAACGCGCCACAAACGCGACUUGAACGACGUCCCAGUUCAGACGCCGUCAGAUGUACUGGCACAAAAGCUACUGGGAAAGUACCAAUUUCUCAUGGACUCAAUUGUGGAUGUACGUCUCGGACGCGUCGCCGAAACGUCGGUCGCACUCGUAAAAUUCGUGUUGAACCACUUUUCAGCCAAGACACCUGCGAUUCUGCUCAAACUGCCAUCAAGUGACAGCCAACUGUCAUAUCUAAGUGAGAAGUCUGUUGAUUCUCCAAAGAAGUGGCUGGCCACACUUCGUUCUUUCCUCGACGACUAUGAAAAGGUAUCCAAAAGCAGGGCGGAACCCCGAUCACUCAACUUUGGUACCCAGAAGACGAUCGAAAUGCCCGUGGAUGUUGCUAGCUUUGGAGCCAACGAGUGCAUAAAAGCUUCAAUGGAACAGUUGCUCAACCCAGGUACUACAAACGGCCUUGCAGCCGUCAACUCGAACGGAUCCAUGAGACUCGAGUAUCUAGACCCGAACGAUCCGUCAAACUCACCUCUGAAAGAACGAACUCGUGCAAAACCAUCGAAGCCGAGGCCCCAUCAAAAGCCGAUAGCAGUGCAACAGUCCAAGGAGCUUCUGAAGCAGCCAAACAAUAUCAAGACAGGCGAUCCCUUCGCCCCAAGAUAUGGCCAGCCGCAGCGCCAAGUCGUUACAAGUCCCACAAAGUCCAUCCGUCGUGGUCCCAGAGCAAAGGUUGUCAUUGUAAGAAAACACGCUGGCAUCGUCCGUCCAAGAUUGCAAGCUCAAGCGGCUCCAGGUAUCGUUCGUCCAAGGUUUCAAGCUCAUGCGGCUCCAGGCAUGGUCGGUCCAAGAUUGCGUACUCAUGCGGCCCCAGGCAUAGUUGGUCCGGGAUUGCGUGCUGAUGCACCUCCAAUAGUGCGAGCGAAACGCCCAGUUGUCCAGCCGCCACUUGGAUCGCGUCGAACCACGAAUAAAUGCAAUGCGUGCACCAGGUGUAAUGAUGUGUGCAUCGACGAGCGCUGCAUUUUCUGUGCAGAUAAGAAGUACCAGUUGAAAGUGACGUACGGGGGACCUUCCGGAGCCGUCAGGUCCACAGCGCAGAAAGCAGCACGGCAACAUCGUACACCAUCGCCAACUGACAGCUCCUCCAAAGUUGAGCGGGAGUACUCGUGCUGCGAAACGAAGCGACAUCAAAGCACGCGUUCAUGCUGGAUCCGGGUUGACGACAGUGUGUACGACGUGACAGACUUGCUCGGAGUACAUCCUGGAGGAGCACAAGUUCUACUAGAAGCUGCUCAGCAUGGUGGGGAUUGCGGCCCCAUCUUGAAGACGCAUCCACCGGUGGCACAGAAAAUGAUGGUGCAAUAUCGGCUUGGACGGUACUACGAGUGUAGCAUGUCAUAG